CAAGGGGAGGUGGGGGCUUGAUGUUCUCAGGCACUAGGGAGCCACUGAUGGUUGUAGAGCUGAGGCAGCCGUGGGCGGUGGAUUGGGACAGAGAUUCCAGAAGCUGCGUCCUCGGAACCCCUGUCCCUGGGGAUGCGUUCGGUCAUAAAGGGACCGGCUCAGCAGUAAAGGGGGUUUGUUUUUUUUUCUUUUCUCUUUUUUUGUUGGUUUCUUUAACUGGAAAAUGCAGAGAGGGUUUGGCUGAGUUUGGUGGCUUGAUGAGGUCACCGCACACUGGGGUUUCUUUGUCUCUCAGCUCUGUGUUCCCAGCUGUCGGCCGCCUCCCGGGCCUGCCUGCCCCUCUGGGGACAACGACCCAGAGUCCCUUGCUCCCCUCUCCUCACUGGGGGGGGCUGCUUCCAGAAGGUUCUCUCAGAAAAUCAGGUUCACGAUGCCCAACUGGGGAGGAGGCAAGAAGUGCGGGGUGUGCCAGAAGACGGUGUACUUCGCCGAGGAGGUGCAGUGCGAAGGCAGCAGCUUCCACAAGUCCUGCUUCCUGUGCAGAGACAAGGACGCUGGGCUGUUGUGGGGAUCCCAACGCAAGGAGCUUGGGAAGCGAAGCGCCUAAAGGAAGAGCGAGUGUUCAGCAGGGGACCUCGGGGAGACGGGGUCACAGAGGAGACCCCGCAGGGGCCGAAGACCCAGCCCCCGGCCCUCCUCCUGCGUCACAGGAAGCACCCUUCCGAGAGUCUGGGGCGUCUUCGUCCCAGGUGCCUUGCGAUCCAGUGGUCUGCAAGAAGAACCUGGACAGCACGACCGUGGCCGUGCACGGCGAGGAGAUCUACUGCCGGUCCUGCUACGGCAAGAAGUACGGGCCCAAGGGCUACGGCUACGGGCAGGGCGCCGGCACGCUCAGCACCGACAAGGGGGAGUCGCUGGGCAUCCGGCACGAGGAGGCUCCUGGCCACAGGCCCACCACCAACCCCAACGCCUCCAAGUUUGCCCAGAAGAUCGGGGGCUCUGAGCGCUGCCCCCGCUGCAGCCAGGCCGUGUACGCCGCCGAGAAGGUGAUCGGCGCCGGGAAGUCCUGGCACAAGUCCUGCUUCCGCUGCGCCAAGUGCGGCAAAGGCCUGGAGUCCACCACCCUGGCCGACAAGGACGGCGAGAUUUACUGCAAAGGAUGCUACGCUAAGAACUUCGGGCCCAAGGGCUUCGGCUUCGGGCAGGGAGCAGGCGCCUUGGUGCACUCAGAGUGAGGCCGCCUGCCCUCCCCGCCCCCCCAUGUGCCGUCUCCACCACCCGCUCCCCGCAGCCUCGGCCACCCCCGGACGCCUCUCCUCAGCCCUGCCCCACCCACGUCGCCAGUGACCGGAGCUUGGUGUCUGGCCCCCUCUGGUUUGGGGGCAGCCUGAGGUCCCCCCUCAGGGGCUCCCCCUGCCCGCGGUCUGCGCCGUCACCGGCGGGAGUCUCCGUGGUUUUAGCCUCCCACACCCGCCCGCAGGCCUCCGUUCUCAGCCUCCUCAGCUGAGCAUCCACCAUCAUCUGAGCCCACAUCUCGGGGCCCAGGGGGGAGGCUGUGGUUCCGACCCCAGAGCUUCUCCUCUGCGAGAAAGAGGGAGUCCCCCCAGCUCAGGAGUCACCAGGGCCGGGGAGGGGACAGAGAGGCAUGAGAACCUCUCCCCUAGGCCAUGACCUUGAGACUGUGACCUUGAGGCCAUGACCUUUGAGUCUGUGACCUUUGAGGUUGCGACCUUGAGGCUGUGGGGAAUUGGUGUCCUUCCCCGGGGGGGGUGGGAGAACACCCAGGUCUGAGAACCCCAGAGUCCACACACAGUCUGACCUCCCCAGCUCCCCGUUUGAUGGGGGUCCCCAUGAAACACCCCAGUACCCACCCCUGUGUAUCAGAGGCCCAACUCUGAGGGAGAUGGCUCUGCCCCUGACCCGGGGUCCCUGUCCACACACACCCAGCCCAGCGCCCCGCUGCCAUGCCGCUCGCCCUCACACGGAGGCCCACGGCCCCAGUCCUCGUCUGGACACCCCUCCCCUCUGCACCCCGAGCUCAGGACCUUCCUGCCCAUGCAGGGGUCUCGCCCCGGCUGCCCUCCCCUCCCCUUCCCGGGGGCCCCCUCUGUCCACGUCACCUCUCCCUUCCAGGCCCCCAGGUCAGAGCAGCAGGAGCAGGGAGGGGUGGCCGCGAUGCUCCCAGGGACAGAAAGAGGACUAGACGGAUGGAGCUGGGCCUGGAGGGCUGCGGGCCUGGGCUGUACUCAAGCUGACCCCCCACUUGGUCAAUAAAAGCCAUCAGAACGGG